AUGCCUGACUACACGGUCCUCACCAUUGCAUUGUUGGCCUGUCUGGUGGUUAACUCGACAAGCUACGACAAAUAUACGAUCGAAUUUUAUCCAGGCAAUCGGAAUAAUGUGACCAUGAAUACAGAACCAUUUAUGAAAAUUAACGAUAGUUAUUAUUACUUUGGCAUGCAUGCAGUCAAUUGGUAUGUGGCCUAUGAGAAAUGUCGUGUAUUGAAAUCAGAACUGGUUACAUUCGAGACGGCGGAGGAGUUUGAAGCCAUUGUCAACUAUCUAACGGUUCGUGGCGAGAAACGUGAUUUUUGGACCUCCGGAAAUGAUUUAGGAUUCGAAGGAUUAUUCAAUUGGUUCACAACUGGGCAGGGUAUAACCAUUUCCAAAUGGGCUCCCAGGCAACCUGACAAUUAUCAAGGAAAAGAAAAUUGUAUGCAUAUGGGAUAUGUCUGGCCGGACUCAACCGAAUACCAAUUGAACGAUCGCCCUUGUACCGACUAUUUCAUUCCCUACAUAUGCGAGGCACCAGCACAGGAAACAAUUUCGUUGGUUGUGUGGAAAUGAUCAUGAAUCAAAACUUGUCACCUGAUCGUUUUCUUUUUUACAGAAUUUUCUUCAUAU